GAUAUAUCAUUUGUUAUAGAUAAAGAAAGAUAGAAAGAAAGAAAGAAAGAAAGUAAGGGUGAAGGAUAGGAAAAGAAAAAAAAUAUAAGGACAAGGAAUACACGUAUUUCUACCCUGAUCUCUCUACCUUUUAACUUUGACACAGACACACGUUAGCACGCACCCCCCAUACACCAGUUGUCAUUUCUUAUUUAAUUCUGUAUUUUCUUUCUCUCGAAUUCUUUAUGAUAUUUAUCUAAUUGUAUUCUCGCGCGCGCGUUUCGGAUUUUCUGACGAGAGGUGAAAAUACACGCUGAUAGAGAGAAAGAAAGAGAGAGAGAGAGAAACAGAUAUAUAGAGUGAGAAUAAAAAAAGAGAAAGAAGAUUCCAAGAAGGCAUAAAGCACAAGAGAGAGAAAAAGAAAGAGAGAGACACUCAUAGAGCUUUCCCCAAAGGUGAAAGAAAGAAAGAAAGGGAGAAGUUAUUUUUUCGUUUGAUUAACGUGUGCAUGUAACGAGAGGAUCGGCCUUCGACGACGAGACGUAGAGUAACCUUGUUUUCUGCGUUCCAACCUACGCUCUUCUCGUGACACACACACACAUACAUACACACGUACACGCGUACAGAGAGACAGUAAGAGAAAUACAAUCGCGGAGUAACUCACAGCAGUAACUACUACUACUACUAUUACUACUACUACUACUACUACUUGUUAUAGACACGUUUCUCCUGCAACUUUGUGAUCUUUAGAAAGGAGAAACAUUACGGUAAGGCGAGAGAACUUACGCCACGACAUUUUUACUCGUACGAGAAAACAAAAUUAUUCUUACCAACGAAGUAAAUAUUAAACACACAUAUAUAUAUAUAUAUAUAUAUAUAUAUAUAUAUACGUGAGUGUGGAGUUCCGAAAGUGUUGAGAAAAGAAGAAGAAGAAGAAGAAAAAAUAUAGUACCCCAUUAAUCGGAAUAAAAAAAGAAAGCAGAAAAAGUAGAUGAAAAUGACAUAAAAUAUCUAUAAAGCAUCGCGCGUUGGAAUUGUUUAGCGUUUGAAAGAGGAGACCAGCUGAUCGUUGCUCGAUCACGGAUAUAUACACGUCGGUUCGGAGGGGGUUUGCACUUCGCGCCGGAUAAGUUAAACCGCAUCGUGUGUGUGCGUGCGCGGUUUGAUUGUCGUCGUUGUCGUCGUCGUGUCGUCGUCCUACGUCGACCGCCUACUCCGUUUGACUCCUCUUUCAUAUGAGAUAGAGAAAUAAUUAAAAAGAGUGUGAGAGAGAGAGAGAGAGAGAGAGAGAGAGAGAGAGAACAUUUUUUUCGUAUACUCUUCUGUAAAACUUUUAACGUAGUGGACAAUGACGGAUUUGAGUAGUAACAGCAACAAAAGUAGUAACAGCAAUAGCAAUAACACCAGACAGACAGAUAGUGCGUAAGUGUUGUUAGUUCAGAGAUAGAUUAAAGAGAAAGAGGGUGAGAGAGAAGGAGAGAAAAGAUAAAUAGACGAAGAGAAAGAGAAAGAGAAAGAGAGAGAGAGACCAAAGCGACGAACUUUGCUACGUGGUAUCAACGUCAGAGUAGUUUGUGCGUGAAAGGAGGAAGAUCAUGCGAUGCAUUAAACGUGUGAGAUAGAUACACACAUACACACAUAUAUAUAUAUAAAGAAAGUAAGAAAGCAGAGAGGUAAAAACAGAGAGAGAGAGAGAGAGAAAGAGAGUAACUGGAUAUUGUAAGAAAUAUAAAAGAAAAAAAUAAUAAUAAUAAAAAGAAGAAGAAGAAGAAGAAGGAAAAAAACGAUUCGGACUGGUCGUAGUUUUCCUCUGGUUUCGAUCCGACCGAGGGGUGAAUCGUCGUCGUCGUCGUUGUCGUCGUCGUCGUCGUCGUCGUCGUGGUUUUAAGUUGACACGGGUGGUGGGUUGUUCGUUCCUCCCUGUGAAAAAAAAAAGAAAUAGGGGGAGAGAAAGAGAAACGAGGGAGAGAUAUAUAGCAGUGAAGAGAGACGAAGGAAGACACUCGGCGAAGGGGAGAAGGAAAACAUUUCGACCCCAGAGCCGGCUGAUAUAUCCGAGGACGAUCACUAUUCAAGCGCGCUCAUGAAAGACGCGGAUAAGCUGAAGCUGAUGCUGCUUGCGUGGAAUUAUAAUCUUCAACAGCAGGCACAAGCUCAGGCACAGGCACAGGCACAGGCACAGGCUGCUAACGCUGCCCUAUCGCCUAAUAACUCUUCGACAACCACGGCCACCACAGUUGGCACACCUGUCACCAGCCAAUCGACCAUUUCCACGGCAAACAACACCAUUAACAACUCCACUCUUACAGACGUACGGAAUGGUUCGACAGAGUUGGUGGAUAUGCCAACAGGUACGGUGCCAAGUUUGGGCACCGUGGCUGGUGUUGGCAGCGAAGACAUGGCCUCGCUAUGGGCAUCAUAUGCUAUGGGAUUGAAGAAGACACCACCACCAGCUUCCUCGGCUACGCCUUCGCGUUCCGAUCGCGAUCGAGAAUCCAGUCCGGCUGGUGAAGGUACGGGGAGUGCCCAUGAUGAAACUAGUAGCAGUGGGAACAAGGAGGACGAGGAUGACGACGACGAGGACGUUGAUGAGAGGUUGGAUCCAAGACAUCACGAUCCUGAACGUCUCAAAGCGUUCAAUAUGUUCGUGAGAUUAUUCGUCGAUGAGAAUCUAGAUCGUAUGGUGCCCAUAUCUAAACAGCCUAAAGAAAAGAUACAAGCAAUUAUCGACAGUUGCACCAGACAAUUUCCAGAAUUUGCCGAAAGGGCGAGGAAAAGGAUCAGGACGUAUUUGAAAAGUUGUAGGAGAAAUAAACGUGGCAGGGAAGGUGCACCCUGGGAUGCGGCUAGACCAACACCAGCACAUUUGACCUCGGUACAGGCUGAACAAAUUUUAGCAACGGCCUGCGAAAACGAAAGCGACAACGCUAAACGUAUGAGGGUCGGUCUUGAACCAGUAUCACAACCUAUGCCAACACUUCCGGCUGCAACGCAAACGGAUGUACGAUCGAGCUUAGAACAUUUUUCGAGUACACCGGUUAAAUCGCUUCCUGGAAAAAGGGAGGACACCCCACCAGCAUCUUUAACGUCUUUAGCACCGUUAACCAGUUUGGCGAAUUUACCUAGCAGCACCCUGUCCUCAACACCCUUGUCUUUAGCACCCGCAUCUAAGUUAUUAACACCGCCGGACAACAAAGGUCUCAUGAGUCAAGCAACGAUAGUCAGUUCGUCAGCGGUUAAUGGAGUUGCAAGUGGUGGUGCACCAACAGCCAUGUACAGACCAAACUUUAGUCAGGCUUUCCAACGUGCAGGUCCCACAACGGUACCACCAACUCUGUCAGCUGGACUUUAUCCUACUCAAAGUUUCACCUCAGGAUUACUGAGCAACGGUACACAAAGGCCAACAGACCUAAGCAUGAAGAACACGAAACCCUUGCUGAGUCAUAAAUUGAAUGCAACGGAGAUGACCGCAGUUAGGCAGCUUAUAACCGGAUAUCGGGAAUCAGCAGCCUUUUUAUUAAGGUCCGCAGAUGAGUUGGAACAAUUGUUGCUUCAACAACCAUAGAGUUACGUUUACGUCGGCAACGUUUAAAUAAAACUCAUCAUAAAAAGAGUUUUUUUUCAUUCCGUCGUCGUCGUCGUCGUCGUUCAUCAUCGUUCAUCGUUCAUCGUUCGUCGUUCAUCCAAGAAAAAGAAAACAAUUGUACGAACAAAACCAGAAAAUGGACGAUUUUUGUCAACAAAAAACAUCAGAGACAACAUUGAGAGAAACAAUUAUAGGGAGGACUUAAGGGGGUGGGAUUGGAAGGUGUUUUUUUGAUGGUGUUCGUGAUGGUGUGAUGGUGGUUAUCGUCAUCAAAUAGAAAAUAAGAAUAUACUCACCCCCCUAUCCACCCCCAUACGUGUCGUCUGCCUUCCAUUUUCUCUUGCUUUUCUCUCUCUCUCUCUCUCUUAUUCUCUCAUUCUCAUUCUCUCUCACUUUAACUAUUUUUCCUCU